GCUCGUUCGCGUUGACGUAGUCAGUUUCACACUGAACUCGGCUGGUUUUAGGAGUGAACGCCGGGGUUGAGACUGCUAGAGAAUGGUGGGCCUCCGCAGGGGCACGUGAGACACACUUCGAAUUCGGGACGGUUGAAAUCGACGCGGCUCCGCUUCAGACGGUCCAGAUGACAGACCCACCGGCCGGCCAAAUGAACGCUUUUCCGCCGAGGCUCUGAACGACUUCAGCUGCUAUCCGGUUACAUUUUGGGGGAAGGACGUGAAACAGCCCCCGAGACGGACAUUCACACGCCAAGCGGAAGUCUCGAAAGAGAGCCAGAGACACAGGAAAAGCACCGAAAAAUCGCUGCUUUUGUCGCGUUUCUGUGGAUUAUUGUUGCGGGUGGCGUUUUUCAAACUGGUACCACCCUACAACCGAAGCAAAAACCCUGAAAAUCCAGCUUUGACCUUUUCAGUUCUACUGAAAGUUUUCAGUACUGUCUUUAAUCAGCAACCCAGUGGCCUGCAUUGGCUGAACUGCUUAUUCACUGUGACUUUAAGCCCAGCUUCGUGAUAAAGUUAUAUGCACGUGUUCUGUUUACUUCCAAAUUUGACAUCCCAAAGAGGAAGUCUUAAAGAGAAAGCCCUUGUAUUUCACUUUUCAAACUUUUUCUUUUUGGAGGGUAGUAGCCAUUUAUGAACAGUAUACAAGAUGGGGAAGAUGCUGUCAAAGAUAUUUGGUAACAAAGAGAUGAGAAUAUUGAUGCUCGGACUGGAUGCCGCAGGAAAAACCACCAUCCUUUAUAAGUUGAAACUCGGCCAGUCUGUGACCACCAUCCCAACUGUCGGUUUCAACGUGGAAACGGUCACCUACAAAAACGUCAAGUUCAACGUGUGGGACGUGGGUGGACAAGAUAAGAUCCGUCCCCUCUGGCGACACUAUUACACAGGCACGCAGGGGUUAAUUUUUGUGGUGGAUUGUGCUGAUAGAGAUCGCAUCGACGAAGCCAGGCAAGAACUCCACCGUAUCAUCAACGACCGCGAGAUGCGGGACGCCAUCAUUUUGAUUUUCGCCAACAAGCAAGACCUGCCGGACGCCAUGAAGCCACACGAGAUCCAGGAGAAGCUGGGACUGACGCGCAUCCGGGAUAGGAAUUGGUACGUGCAGCCGUCGUGCGCGACCACCGGUGACGGACUGUACGAAGGCUUAACUUGGUUAACAUCUAACUACAAGUCUUAAUGACACUGGCACUGACUGUUUAGGACAAAUGAACUCAACAUGGGGAAAAUCACACUCUCCACCGAAUAUUCGUGCUGUUUUGAUUUAGAGUUAACAUUUCUUUUUGGUUCGUUUUCAAACGGCCCUCUUUGAAACAACGUAAUGGGUUUGGCUUGCUUUUAGUUUCCUGUCUACUGUGACGUACCCGUGUCACACACCUUGGACUAUUGCUUAACAUGAUAAAGCAUUCCUGAAUGAAGAUUCUCUAUUUUUUUUUUUGUUCUUCUUUGAUUGUAGGUUUUCUACAGUUUGUCUCCCGCAAACAGUCCAAUAGUGUGUUAAAGGCAUUUUAUACCGAGAUGUAUCCAAACUGUCCAGGCAUCCACUGUAGCAAAGCACAGUUUUGCUGAGGAGGUUGUAGCAUACUAAUUGUAGGUAGCUAUGUGGUGUAACAGGUUUUGAACCGUGCCAUAGUUAUGAUAUCACUGACAUCCAAUGAUAAUCAACAUGUAAAUGAGUCCAUGGAACAUUUUAUGCAAAAGUCUAAUCGUGGAAGGCGGGCUUACCACAGACAUAACUUAUAUUCACACAGCAUAAUUGAACUGAGUGAUGUCUUGUGCUCUCGAAAGCUUGGAAAACCACAGAAAGGUUUUUGUCUGCAUUGCAAUGUAGCCCAAAACGAGUUCAACGUUAAAGAGAGUUAAUUUUGAAACCUCGAGGGAUGCCUUUUGUAGCCCUUUUACCAUUUAGGCUAACUACAUUGACCAGAUUGUCUUUGACUUACACACAUGUGUCUCUAAAAUGUGGGAUUGUUACGUUCUUGCAUUUCAAGUGUAGUGCUUGCGGUAGAGUGGACUGAGUUUGUCAUUUUGGAGGGAAAUGUUUCGUUCUAUUCAUUUCCUCUCUUUGCUUUAAUCAUUUUGAGAAACCUGUAUAGAAACAGCUAUGUAAUUGUAACUUCAAAUUAAACUUAGUCAUUUUAA